CUCCCUUACCACCAAGAUGAACUGAAGGGUCUUAAUUUUUAAAGAGGAAUGAAUUUGUAAUUAACACCUUCACAUUAUAUUGGAGCCAUUCUGAAGAUUUUCUAUUUAAAUGCAAAUUGAGUCUUCCCAAAGGAAAGCUAAUAGAAAAUGAAAAUAGAUGGCAAGGGAUGAAGAAGGGGGUUGUAGAGAGGGAAGAAAAGGAAAUUUGCUUUGCUGUCAAGUUUUCCUAAUUCAUGUGCUCCCUUUCUCCAUACUCAUUUUCACCUGGAUAUUCCAGACUUUAAGGGAGAAAGAAGGUUCUGAUUAGAGGCUGUGGGGAAGUUUCUGAAACCAAAGGAGGUCUGAGUCCCAACUCACUGGACCUCUGACAUGUACCAUAACCCAGACCUUCCUUUCCCUAUCUGUACAAUAGAGGCGAUCGAUCUACUUGUGAUUUGUUUUGGACUUCAGGAACGACACAUAGUAGGUGAUUAAUGAAUGCUUGUUGAAUUGUUGCCUCAAAACAUUAUAGGAUUCAGUGCUGGAAAGGACAUUAGAACUCAUCUAAGUUAAACUCCUCAUUUUACAAAUGGAAAAAAAAUGAUUCCCAGGAAGGUGAAAUUAUUGACACAAGGUCACAAUAAAAGCGGUAUGCUGAGUACAGAAGGGAAGACUGUCACUUGAAGCUGACAAGUGUCACUUCCAGAUAAGUGCUGAGCAACAGUUGGAAGACAAAGAAAGUCCCUGGAUGCCUCGGUGGUUACCUAAGGUGGAGCCACUGGCUGUGGAGGGAAUAAGAAACAGAGCUUUCAUUCCUUGCCUAGUGAUGUGCAGAGGAAAGACUGAUGUUUCCUGGGGGCAAAUCAAACUGGGACAAUUCCCCUGAUGUCAGAAUGAAGUGUUCAGGGACUCAAGCCACUGCUGCUUGAAUGGAAAAAACGGAAGAGGAAAAGCAAGGGCCAGGUGUGGAUGCCUCGGGAUUGAUGGAGCCAUAAGGAAAGCUGCCCCUGCUGCUUCUCAGGGGGUGGCAGGGUAACUGUUCCACAGAGGUGAGGGGAUGGAUGCCCGGACAGUGCCACCCGUGACUGCCAUGGAGGUGCCCAGCAUCAAAGAUUUCCACUGGAAGACCCUGGCCCCACUGCCCAGUCGUCGGGUCUACUCGUCCCUGGUGGAGGCUGGAGGACAGGUUUAUGCCAUAGGAGGCUGUGAUGACAACGGGGUCCCCAUGGACUGCUUUGAGGUCUACUCCCCUGAGGCUGACCAGUGGACUUCCUUGCCCCCCAUGCCCACGGCCCGGGCUGGGGUGGCUGUCAUUGCCCUGGGGAAACGGAUCAUGGUGAUUGGGGGUGUGGGGACCAAUCAGCUGCCCCUGAAGAUCGUGGAGAUGUACAACAUCGAUGAGGGCAAGUGGAAGAAGAGGAGUGUGCUGAGGGAGGCUGCCAUGGGCAUCUCUGUCACUACAAAAGAUUACAGAGUGUAUGCGGCAGGAGGGAUGGGGCUGGAUCUCCGCCCCCACAACCACCUCCAGCACUACGACAUGCUCAAGGACAUGUGGGUAUCAUUAGCCCCCAUGCCCACUGCAAGAUAUGCUGCCACUUCCUUUCUCCGAGGUUCCAAGAUCUACGUGCUAGGGGGACGUCAAUCCAAGUAUGCAGUCAAUGCCUUUGAGGUCUUCGACAUUGAAACACGCUCAUGGACCAAGUUUCCCAGCAUCCCCUGCAAACGAGCCUUCUCCAGUUUUGUCCCCAUGGAUGGCUAUCUGUAUAGCCUGGGGGGCCUACGGCAAGGCCGCCUGUAUCGACAGCCCAAGUUCAUGAGGACUAUGGAUGUGUUUGACAUGGAGCAAGGAGGUUGGAUGAAGAUAGAGCGAUCUUCGUUCCUAAAGAAGCGCAGAGCUGACUUUGUAUCAGGCUGCUUAAGUGGGAGAGUCAUAGUGGCUGGAGGCCUAGGGAACCAGCCCACAGUCCUGGAGACAGCUGAAGCCUUCCACCCAGGGAAGAACAAAUGGGAGAGCCUGCCCCCCAUGCCCACUCCCCGAUGUGCCUGUUCCAGCAUCGUCAUCAAAAGCUGCCUCCUCGCAGUGGGAGGCGUCAAUCAGGGACUGAGUGAUGCUGUGGAAGCCCUGUGUGUCUCAGACUCCUAGCCCCAUCCUGGAGCCUCCCUCAAGAACUUGCUCCUUGGAGACUCUCCAUUCCUUGGCAGGGUUAGAUGAUUUCCUCAAAGCCAACUGAAAACUCCCUCAGUAUGAGGCAGAAAAGUGAGCAAAAACUCCAAGGGCCCAGAAUCCACCUCCCCCCCCAGUCCCAUCUCCCAAGAAUAUGAAGAAAAGCUCCCUGAAAAGUCUCCAGACACACGUCUGACGGGUAUCAAGUAGCUGGAGUCCCACCCUGAUCCUCAACUAUUGCUGCUCGUGCCUGCCUAUACCUUUCCUAUCAUCUGUCCUUCCAGCUGGAGACAGCCUUCCAUGUCUCCUCACAGCCUGAUGCGACCGGCUGUUAGAGGCCAGUGACUGCUGCGGAGAAGCAAAUUCCUCCCCUCCACAAUCCGGGCGACUGCCCUAACCCAGCGAUAGACCAGGACCAGACUUUGCCUGACAAGCAGGGAAAGGGAGGGAGGAAGGCAGAGCCUGACACUUGGGCAGGGGUGGGGGUGAUCAUGCCAGACAAGAGGGUGAGCAUGGCCCCAGGAAAGAGGAGACAGAGGCGUCCCCACCAGCAGCAGGGCUGGGACCUAGCAGGGCCUGAAGAGACCAGCUCGGACAGGCUCCAGAACAGGGGCUGUCUCAUCGAGCCAGGACGCAGUCACAGAGCAGACACUGGAUUUGCUGAAACUGGGAGGGUGUCCAUUCCUCAGGCUGUAGCUUAGUCCCCUGGUCUAUUUGGGCAGAGGCAGCUGACUGAGGGGCCAAGCCUCAAGGGCCGAACUCAUCCCCUCCCCCGGAAAUAGCAGCAGUCACCGGUGUGGCCUUGGGUCUUUGGCUAGCCCUCUCCUCACCACCCCCCAUAUCCCCUCAGGCUGCAAUAGGAUCAUAAUAAGCACAGUGGAGGGGGUACUGGCCACUUUUUGAAAGGGGUUUGCCCAAAAGUCUGAAUACUUCCUAGGCCUCAGACUGGAACUGUGGCAAUAGCAGCAACAGUGAGACCCACCGAGAAAAUGGGGUCACUGGAUAUCCGGAUCCUGAGCAAAGAAACAGGAAACACCUCUCCCUGCUGCUUUCACCUACGUCAGCAACUUCCUGGAUGCCAAGGUAUCAGUAUCAACAAAGAAAUGGAUCUGCAUGAAGCUGGUUCCCCUUGGAAUGGCUGACCCAGCGGUAUUGGAUGGAUGUUUGCCAGCUGAAGGGGAAGAGGAUACAGGCACGGUGGAGAGAUUAGAGAUAGGUUAGUGCGAGGUAGAAAAAGCAAGGUCUCCAAGCCUUUCUAAGCUGAGCUUGGAGCAUCAGCUUGGAGAUAUGGAUUCUCUCCCUGGACAGGUCCAGAGAUGACUCAGAGAAAUUGUCCACAGCAAGCUCAAGACAAGGGGACGUCAGGCUGAGUGAGUCUAUCCUCAGGUCAUUUAGUGCAUGUGGUGUUUCAGCCACAGCCAGUGUCCUCCCAACCCAGGUUGGAAGUCAAAGACUAGGGUCGAAUGGGCAUCUCUAUAUCUGCAGAACUGACCGAGUUUCUUGCUGACAUUGAGGAAGGACAAGAGGAAUCCUUGCAGUAGUCCAAAUGGUUAUAAGCAAAUCCAAAAAAAACGGUUUUCAUGUCUCUGCCCUGCCCUGUGGCCUGGCACGGCUGCCACUCCCCCUCUACAGUUUCCCAGAGCACUCCCAGUCCCCAGCAGGGCUUUGGGUUACAGUCGUGGUCCCUGUGUGUCCUCCUGCCUGGUGCCACACCCCCUCUCACCAUCAGACACAUUCAAUUCUGUGUCCAUGUGUUGGACUUCAGCCCUUCCUUUCCUUCAGGUGUGGAGGGCUGCUUGUGGGUCAAAGUUUGGCCUUAAAUAUUCACUAGGUUAGGGCAGUUCUCCAAGGAGGGUCAUGGAGAAGACUGAUGGGGGAUUUCCUACUGACCAGUGGUGUGACCUCCAACAUCCUAUUAUACUGGACAGGAAGAAGUCGAGGAAGUUCUGAACUCAAGCAAAGUUGGAAACUAAAACUCAAUCCUUUUGUCACUGAUCUCAGUGGAUUAGUCAUAAGGACAGUCUGGCUUCCAGGGGCCCAGUUUGGGGAUAGAGACAAGAAGGGAAAAGAAGAACUCCUGCCCUCCUCUCAACACCGGCCUAAUGGUGACUUCCCUCCAUCCCAGCUUCCAGGAGAGACCUGAGCUUGGACAGAGAAGCAGCUGAACCGGGAAGGAUGGGGAUGCAGCAAAGCUGAUAGGGCUCUGGAGUUAGCAAACCUCCUAGAAUAGCCCAUCUCCAUCUAACCCAGGAUGGAGGCUCCUCCUCUCUUUCCUCCUCCCUGUUUGCCCAGCUCCUUUUCUGCCCCCUCCCCAGAGGCCUGGUGUUUAUGUCACUGUUUUCCCAGGACCCAUUCCCUGGGGCAGGGGCAGGGGUUUCCUGUUAACACUGUGCCAUCCAAAUCCACCUUGGAUGGGUUCAUUGCACUUCUGGUUAAUAGCAGCAGCACAAUAAUUAAA